AUUAAAGAAGAGAAAAGAAAAGAAAAGAAAAGAAGAGAGAAGAGCCAUUUUUGAGUGUGAACUGUGGAGCAGAGACUAAUAAAAAAGCCUCCUUUUUCUUUUCCUCCCCUCUCCCCACCUCUCCUCUCCGGUUUCCCCACAACAACAGAUGGGUUCCUCUCCAUUCCCCUUCACCCUCCUCCUCGUCCUCGUCGUCGUCCGCUUCGCGCGGGGCAACACGGAGGUGCGCGCGCUCAUGGCGCUCAAGUCGUCUUUGGACCCCGAGGGCCGCGUGCUGGGCUCCUGGACCAGCGACGGCGACCCCUGCGGCGGCGGCGGAGAGUUCGAGGGGGUGGCGUGCAACGAGCACGGCAAAGUGGCGAACAUCUCGCUCCAGGGGCGCGGGCUCGCCGGAACUAUCUCCCCCGCCGUGGCCGAGCUCCGGUGCCUCUCCGGCCUCUACCUCCACUACAACGCCCUCACGGGGGAGAUACCCAAGGAGAUUGGGAACCUCUCCGACCUCACCGAUCUCUACCUCAACGUCAACAACCUCUCCGGGGCCAUCCCUGCGGAGAUUGGGAAAAUGGCUAGUCUCCAAGUUUUGCAGCUGUGCUACAACCAACUAACAGGGAGUGUACCCACCCAGCUGAGUCUCCUGAAGAAGCUCACCGUUCUCGCCCUGCAAUCGAAUCAACUAACCGGAGCGAUCCCCGCGACGUUGGGGGAUCUCUCGCAGUUAAUGCGGUUGGAUUUGAGCUUCAAUCAGCUCUUCGGCUCGAUACCCACUAAGCUUGCUCAGAUCCCUCUCCUCGCCGUGCUCGACCUCCGGAACAACACUCUCUCGGGCAGCGUCCCUUCCGGCUUACGGCGGCUGAACAAAGGAUUCCAGUAUGGGAACAACACUGGUCUAUGCGGAGUUGGGUUCGAUUCGCUUAGCGUUUGCCCUUCCGACGAUACCCUCAAACCCAACAAACCCGAGCCAUUCGGUCCGGGCUCGUCCACUCUUAAGCCGCAGCAGAUUCCCCAAUCAGCCAACUUCAAUGUGCGUUGCAAUGACACCGCCCGUCGUUGUUCGAACGCUUCGUCCAAAUCCAAUGCGGGGACCGUAAUUAUCGGCGUAGUAGCGGUCGCUGUCGGAGGGACAAUUUGCGGGCUUUUCGCCUUCUCGUGGUACCGCCGCAAGAAGCAGAAAAUCAGUAGCUCCGUUGAGGUCUCGGAUAGCCGGCUUAGCACCGACCUGCAGCCGAAAGAUUUGUACCGGAAAAAUGCUUCCCCGCUGAUCAAUAUCGAGUACUCAAAUGGUUGGGAUCCUUUAUCCGAUGGAAGGAGUGGCGCUGGUUUCUCUCAAGAAGUUUCUCAAAGCUUCCGAUUCAAUCUGGAAGAGGUGGAAUGCGCUACUCAGUACUUCUCGGACGUUAACCUUCUCGGAAAGAGCAACUUUGCCGCGACUUACAAAGGGAUACUUAGAGAUGGGAGUGUGGUGGCGGUGAAGAGCAUCAGUAAGAUGAGCUGUAAAUCGGAGGAGGCCAAUUUUUUGAAGGGAUUGAAGAUGCUUACUUUGCUGCGGCACGAGAAUCUCGUCUCUUUGAGGGGGUUCUGCUGUUCGCGGGGAAGAGGGGAGUGUUUGCUUGUGUAUGAUUUUAUGGCGAAUGGGAACUUGUCGCAGUAUCUCGAUGUGAAGGAUGGUGCGAAUGGCCGGACUCUCGAUUGGAUCACGAGGGUCUCCAUAAUCAAGGGCAUUGCUAGAGGCAUCGAGUAUUUGCACAGCAGCAGGCCGAGCAAGCCCCCUCUUGUUCACCAAAAUAUCUCGGCAGAGAAGGUUCUCAUCGAUCACCAUUUUGCCCCUCGCCUCUCUGGUUGCGGCCUGCACAAGCUCUUGGCUGAUGAUGUCGUCUUCUCAACCCUCAAAUCCAGCGCCGCGAUGGGCUACUUAGCUCCCGAGUACACCUCCACCGGCCGGUUCACUGAGAAAAGCGAUGUCUAUGCCUUCGGGAUCAUCGUGUUCCAAAUCCUCACGGGAAAAAGGACCGUCUCUCAUCUCCGACUCAGUGCUGAACACGGUAGUCUCGAAGAGCUUCUUGACCAGAAUCUCAAAGGCAACUUCUCCAAACCAGAGGCGGCAAAGUUUGCGGGAAUCGCAUUACUCUGCACGAGCGAAUCUCCGAGCCAGAGGCCGACGAUGGAGAUGGUGCUUCAGCAGCUAGGAAGCAGCUGCUGAUCUUAGCGAGGGAGAAAGUGCGAUGUAUCUAUUUUCGGUCUUUGAGAGGUGGAGAUGGAUGCCUGCAGUUGUAGUUGUUAUUUAUCGUAGUUAAGCUGUCGUAAUUCGUCAGGUGUUUCAUGUCGCUUCUAUGAAGGUCGUGCAUUUUCCAAGAGGAGAGAACUGCAAUAGGAACCCUAUAAUGCUGUCUCUUUAUUAUAUUGUUGAUGUGCUGCCACUUCAAAUGUCCUUAAAAAGAAAAAAAAAGAAGAAAAGGAAUGCUUCUGUCGAUACUCUUGAAUUUGUUGAUGUGUCGGUUUGUAUUGUAUCGUACAAGUCUAUUUUGUAGAUGACAU